AUGCAACAUAUUAAAAGCAAAAGCAAUUUAUUUAGCAAAGUUUUAAUUCAACAAAAUAGAAGAUAUACAACUGGAAAUGUAAUUUCAAACAACUAUCUCUUUGGUGAUCAAUUUGGUAAAUCUCACACAUCAAAAGAUAUUUUCGAUAAUAAAAAAGUUGUUGUUUUUGGUAUUCCUGGAAAUAAUCCAACUGAUGAUUUCCAUCAAAUUCCAUCAUUUGUUAAAAAUGUCGAUAAAUUUUACAAUAAAGGAAUUGAUAAUGUCAUCUGUUUACAAAGUGCAGAUGCCGCUAUUUUAAGAGCUAAAUCAAUUAGUUUAGAUCCACUCAGAACUAUUGGAUUUUUACAAGAUAAAGAUUGCAAAUUUGCUGUGGAUAAUGCAUUAACAGAAGAUGAAUAUUUAAAAGGUUUAGGUACAGAAAGUCCAGUUCAUGAAUUUAAAAGAUUUGCAUUAAUUAUUGAUAAUGGUAGAAUUGUUUUUGAAAGUGUUGAAAAAGAUCCAACAGAUUAUGAACAUACAACUGCUGAUGUUGUACUUAAACAACUUUAA